UCCUUGCUACUAUACGGAUUGCGGGAGGCGGCGGACCGCCGACUGCGAAAAGAAAAGGAAAAGGAGAAGAGGUGUGUAAAAAAGUCUCCAUCCUUGAUUGUUUGGUUGUGUGUCAAAAUUCCCGACCCGACCCGACCCAAUUCGCUCUCUGGCUAGUAGGGUUUUCUUCCCCCUUCGUCUCCAUCUCCGUCUGCCGCAUUACACCCUAGCCUCCAACCGCGCCGGCCAUGGGGCGCAAGAAGAGCGUCGCCAUCGACGACGACGAGUACUCCUUCCCGCAGGACGACGCCGCCGACCCUGCGCCGCCGCCGCCCGCCGCGGAGAAGGAGAAGCCCAAGAAGGGCGGCAAGAAGGGCAAGAAGGGAGGCAAGGCUGCCGUGCCCGACGACGACGACUACGAGCCCCCUCCGCCGUCGCUGCCCGCCGCGGAUGAGGACGACGACGAGCCGGUCAACCUCGUCUUCACCGGCAAGAAGAAGAAGAAGAAGGGCGGCGGCGCCGCCGUCAGCUCCUUCAGCGCCUUCAACGCUCUCGAGGAGGCCGACGAGGACAAGGACGAGGAGGAACCCACCCCCGCCUCCGCCGAGCCGGAGGCCGAUAACGACCCUGCCGACGCCGAGGACGACGACCUCGAUUUCGAUUUCAGCAAGGCCAAGAAGAAGAAAAAGAAGAAGGACAAAGGAGCUCGCCCAGCACCCGAUAAAGACGAGGAUCUCGACCUUGAUGAGCCUGCUCCACCGCCCCCAGCCGUGGCUGAGAUGGAAGAGGAGGAUGCUGCGCCCCCUGCUGCAAAGAAAUCGCAGAAGAAGAAGAAAAAAAAGGGUGCAUUUACCACGGACGAUGAGGACAUCGUCAAGCUCCUCGCUGAGAUCGAGGAACCUCCUCAGCCUGCGGAUGAAGCCGGGCCUGAGGAGGUGAAAGGUGAUGAUACCGUGGCUGCCCCUGAUGUGGUUGACGCCGCAGGAAAGAAAUCAAAGAAGAAGAAAAACAAGGCAGGGUUUACCGUGGAUGGUGAGGAUAUAGGCAAGAUCACUGCAGAGAUUGAGGACCACCCGCCUCCUGCUGAGGAGUCUGAGCCCACGGUAGUGAAGGAUGAGGGCUCCGUGGCUGCUGCACUCACUGUAGAUGAUGCUGAAGGGAAGAAAUCAAAGAAGAAAAAGAAGAAGAGUGGUAGGACAGCAGAGGAAGAGGAGGAGUUGGAUAAGCUUCUUGCUGUGCUUGGUGAAGCCCCACCUGCAGAGAAGGAGGAGAAGCCAGCGCAGGCAACACAUUCUGCUGCAGUGGCUAAGGAGGACGUGGAAGCUGCAGAGGAUGGUAAUGCGGAGGAGAAGGUUGGGGAAGGAGAUGUGGAAUCCGCUGCAGCCAAGAAGAAGAAGAAGAAGAAGGAGAAGGAGAAGGAAAAGAAGGCAGCAGCAAAGGGGGCAGAGGCUAAGAAAGAGGAGGAGAAGGAGCAAGAGGCGCCUAAAGGGAAGGUUGACAUGAAGAAGCUCCCAAAGCAUGUUCGGGAGAUGCAGGAGGCACUCGCGAAGAGGAAGGAAGCUGAGGAGCGGCAGAAGAAGGAGGAGGAAGAGCGAUUGAGGAAGGAGGAGGAAGAGCGAUUGAGGAAGGAGGAGGAAGAGAGGAAAGCGGAGGAAGCAAAGAGGAGGAAGAAGGAGAGGGAAAAGGAGAAGCUGCUGAAGAAGAAGCAGGAGGGUAAGCUCUUGACUGGGAAGCAGAAGGAGGAGGCAAAGAGGUUAGAAGCCAUGAGGAGACAGUUCCUGGAGCAGAGUGAACUCCAAAAGGCUGAGGGUGCUGCCCCCGAGACAAAGAAGAGGCCUAUAUAUGUUUCCAAGAAGAAGAAAGCUCAAUCAAAGACCACAGAGACUGCAAAGGUAGUUGAAGAACAACAGCAAGAGGUCAAUGAAGCUAACAAUGACGACGAAGAAGAAUAUGUGUUGGUGGAUCAGGAAUCUCAGUCUCAGGUGGAAGAAUCUGAAGAGAAAACUGAACCUGAUCAGGAGAUUGAAGAGCCACAACCAGAAGAAGAGGAAGAUGAGGAUGAAUGGGAUGCAAAGAGCUGGGAUGAUAUUGAUGUGAAUUUGCCCAAAACAAGUGCUUUUGAUGAGGAAGAGGCGAAACCCAUUGUCAAGAAGGUUGCUGAGCCUGCCCAGAAGCAGGAAACUUCUAAAACACAACCUGUGAUACCUGCUGUCAUUCCUCCUGUUGCAAACUCUAAGAAGAGUGAAAUGGGUGAUGGGGGUGCCAAUAAUGGAAAUAUUAAGAGGAAUAGAGGUGCUGCCUCAAAGAAAGGACCUGUUAAAGAGGAUAUCACUAAGAAUGGUAGUGACCUCAGAUCACCAAUCUGUUGCAUCCUUGGUCAUGUCGAUACUGGCAAGACAAAGCUGCUAGAUUGUAUUAGACACACUAACGUACAAGAAGGAGAAGCUGGGGGUAUUACCCAGCAGAUCGGAGCAACAUACUUCCCUACCGAAAACAUUAGAGAGAGAACCAAGGAGUUGAAAGCUGAUGCUACACUUAAGGUUCCAGGCCUACUUGUUAUUGAUACCCCUGGGCACGAGUCCUUCAGUAAUCUGCGUUCUAGAGGUUCAAGUUUGUGUGAUAUUGCUAUUUUGGUUGUUGACAUCAUGCAUGGGCUUGAACCUCAGACAAUUGAAUCCCUGAAUCUUUUGAAGAGUCGAGAUGCAGUAUUUAUUGUUGCUUUAAAUAAGGUUGAUCGUCUUUAUGGUUGGAAGAAAUGUCCAAAUGCUCCUAUUGUGAAGGCUUUAAAACAACAAAAUGAAGAUGUUAAGAGGGAGUUCAAUAUGAGAGUUACCGAUAUUGUGACACAAUUCAAGAUGCAAGGAGUGAAUACUGCUUUGUACUACAAGAACAAGGAGAUGGAAGAUACCUUUAACAUAGUGCCUACAAGUGCAAUAAGUGGUGAAGGCAUUCCCGAUUUGCUUCUACUAUUGGUUCAAUGGGCACAGAAGACAAUGGAAGAAAAGCUUACCUUUGUUGAUGAAGUCCAGUGUACUGUGCUGGAAGUCAAGGUCGUGGAAGGUCAUGGUACUACAAUUGAUGUUGUGUUGGUCAAUGGUAUACUGCAUGAAGGAGAUCAAAUAGUUGUUUGUGGCAUGCAGGGACCCAUUGUGACAACAAUCAGAGCUUUGUUAACACCACAUCCGAUGAGAGAGCUUAGAGUUAAGGGCACCUACCUACAUCACAAGGUGAUUAGAGCUGCACAAGGAAUAAAAAUAUCAGCGCAGGGUCUCGAACAUGCAAUCGCAGGGACCGCUCUUUACUUGUUAGGACCUGAGGAUGAUUUAGACAAACUAAAUGACGCUGUUAUGGAAGAGAUGACACGGGUUAGGAGCCGGAUUGAUAAGAGUGGCGAGGGUGUCUAUGUACAGGCAUCAACACUUGGGUCUUUGGAAGCUCUCACUGAGUUCUUGAAGAGCCCUGCUGUGAAUAUUCCCUUCUGUGAUUUCAGUAUAGGGCCAGUCCACAAGAAGGAUGUUAUGAAGGCUAGUGUGAUGCUUGAGAGAAAGAAAGAAUAUGCAACUAUCUUGGCCUUUGAUGUCAAAGUGAUGCCUGAUGCCCGUGAUCUUGCAGAAGAGUCUGGUGUGAGGAUCUUUGUGGCAGAUAUAAUAUACCACCUUUUUGAUCAAUUUACAGCAUACAUUAAGAAUCUCAAGGAAGAAAAGAAGAAGGAAAGUGCUGAAGAAGCUGUGUUCCCUUGUGUUCUUAAGAUCAUGCCGAACUGUGUCUUUAACAAGAAGGAUCCAAUUGUUUUGGGUGUCGAUGUCCUUGAAGGAAUAGCUAAGGUGGGGACUCCUCUCUGCAUACCCACUAAAGAAUUUAUUGAUAUUGGGAAGAUUGCCUCCAUUGAAAUUAAUCAUAAGCAAGUUGAUAUGGCCACGAAAGGGCAAAAGGUGGCUAUAAAGGUUAUUGCAAACAAUUCUGAUGAGCAGCAGAGGAGUUUCGGCAGACACUUUGAUAUGGAAGAUGAGCUUGUCAGCCACAUCACAAGGCGAUCUAUUGAUAUUCUGAAACAAAACUACAGGGAGGAUUUGUCUGUGGAUGAUUGGAAACUUGUGGUUAAGUUGAAGGCCAUCUUGAAGAUACAAUGAGGGGACAACGGUUUCUAAUUUCAGGGAGGCCCCUUUGAAACCUGUCCAUGGAUUGGCAUGUGGCACAAAUGUUUGUGGGAGCAAUACUAAAGUUUACUGACAAUGGUGGUUUUGUGCUGCUGGGCAAUCUGAAUAUAGUUGCAGCAAUACUAAGGAGUUGCAAAGAUUGUGAAGUUCAGUUGCACCACAUCUUUACACUGGAGUUUUCCCAGGGAGGGGAUUCAGUUUUGAUACGGUUUGAUUUUUCAAAUUUUCUCGGAGUGCCCUUCGUUUUACAAAUACAUUCUGUAAUAACACGAGAUGUUGAGCCGUACCUUCAGCAAUGAGCUGCUGUUUUUCAUCGCUUGAAAUGGACUGUCGAGGCCUUGCUGGUGGACUAUAAUUCUUGUAAUCAAUCACGCUGUUAAACCAUCUUCAACCAUAUUCUUGUUAUUUUAUUUAUCUUCUCUUAUCUUA